AUGGACUUAGCGACUGUUUUACUCGGAAGUCUGUCACCAGACACAGCGCAGAGAAUGUCUGCUGAGCAGUAUCUCGAGACUUCUCAGUCAGAUCCAAAUUUCCCGCUCGCGCUCACAGAUCUCAUCGGCAACGUCGACAACCCAAUACACACGCCUGGAAUUAUUCUCAGAAAGUACGUCAACGAACGCUGGUCGCCUUUCUUCGUCGCGUUCAAAGGAAGUCCACCACCACCAGAUAUCAAGGAUAUCAUUAGGCAACGCUUGUUCUCUCUCCUCUCAACCUCACACAAGCAGAUCAGAACAGCUUGCGCAUACGCCUUGGCUUCUAUAGCCAGCUGCGACUAUCCAGAGCAAUACCCCUCUCUACUUCACGAUCUCGCUCAGCUUUUCCAGCAAGCUCAAAGGGAUGGUGUUCACGGCGCAAUGAGAGUUCUUCUCGAUUUCGUCAAGGCGGAUCUUACAGAGACGCAACUCGUCCCUGUCACUCAGGAGCUGCUACCACUAUUGCUUCACAUCCUCAAAAACCCUACAUAUGCAGACAGCACGCGUGGUUUGACUGUCGCUGUCCUACGCCAGUGCGUCCUUACUCUCGAAAUGGUCAAAUCGACCUACCCAGAUGCUGUUAAAGAGAUUGUGAAUAGUGUUAUACCAGUGUGGAUUGACGGUUUCAUUGCUCUUCUCCAAGUACCGCCUCAGAAGGAAACCAGGUCCCAGUGGGGUAUUAGGUUCGAGAUCAUUAAGACAAUCGCAUCCGUCUUCUCGACUUUCAAAUCACUCAUCACUACAAACAACAACAUUGAAAGCUUGACACGCAUUUUGAUAGAUCAUUUAGUGACACUGUUGCCCAUCUUUUACGAUCGACAGGUCUAUGAUACCCAGUCAUAUGAACAACCUGAAGGCGAAGAGGAAGACGACGGUGCUGCUGUUGAAGAGCUCAUCUGUCCUAUUAUUGACUUGUUGACUGGUUUUGCGAACAACAAACAUACUAAGGGUACCAUCGAACAGGCUAUUCCAUUGCUUGUUAAACUUUCACUCGAAUGGGGUCAAAUGACUGUUGAAGAUGAAGACACCUGGAUCUCAGAUCCGAACGCAUUUGUUGAUGACGAAGACGAUGAAACGGAAAAUUACAGCCUAAGAAUAGCCACUCAUGACUUGCUGGGAGUUCUGCUCGACAGAUAUCCAACACCAACUGCAAAAGUUUUGGGUCCAGUGACUGCUGAGCUGUUGUCUACGUCCCAAUCUGCUUCACAAGAGGGUAAGCAGCAUUGGUGGAAGCCAAUCGAAGCAGCAUUGGCAGCAAUUGGCAACCUUUCUAAUCAGCUUGGCGAUGAGGACAACGAAGCAGCUGAGCACUUUGAUUUGAUGGGAUUGUGUCAGAGUGUCGUUAUGCAAUUUGUAAACGCGAACGAGUCUCCUUUCUUACAAGGCAGAGCAUUUGUAUUUGCCUCCAAAUUUGCCGGUAACCUGCCACCUGAUCUCGCAGGCGCAUUCGUUGAUGCUGCUGCCGCGAUGCUCAACCACAGCAAUGCAGGUGUACCGGUAAAAAUCAGCGCUGUGCGCGCGAUUCGCAACUUUGCCAAUGGACUAGAUGAUGAGAUAGUGGGACCAAAAGCAUUGCAGAUUCUGUCAUCGAUCGUACCCCUUCUUGCCCACACUACAGAAUCGACUUUAGGAUUGCUUGUUGAAGCGGUGGAUAGUGUACUCGAUACGCUCAACACUGAAGCUUUGACAACAGAACUCGUUGUUCAGCUAUCGUCAGUUAUUCUGCCAGUCUGGGAGAAGAACGUCAAUGAUCCUCUACUGGCUUCGCAGUUGGAUGAUCUCUUUGUCACGCUUUCUGAAUCAGGCUCCAAGGCCCACUCGGCGCUUGUUGGCAUAGCUGUCAAACCGCUUAUCGGCGCUGUUAGUCGCGCUGCACCGGGACAGCCAGGUGGGGAGGAUGUUGAUGCGCGCUUGUUGGCAAGUUCCGCUAUUCAACUUAUCAAUUCUAUCGUCAGGGCUAGAAGUGAAGGUCUAGAGCCUGGUGUGAUAGCCACGACUUGUCCCGCCCUCUUCAACAUACUCGAGAGUGCCGAUGAUCGCACACUAAUGCAAGAUGGUAUUGAGUUGUUGACGACAUAUAUACGCAAAGACAUACAAGGGUUGUUGGAAUGGAAGAGUGACUCGCUCGUUCGGAUUCUCAACAUCAUUGCCAAACUUCUUCAAACGGAUUCAGAAGGCAGUGCACUUUUUAUCGGCGAUGUCGUAACACAUCUCUUCCGUAACGUGUCCAAGGAUAUACUCGACCCAGCUCUCCCCCAACUUCUCAAAGUAAUCUUAGAUAGAUUGGCACUGAGUAAGACAUCAGCAUUCACACAGAACCUAGUUAUACCAUUCACAUACCUGAUUCAUACUCGCAGAGAAGUCAUUUUGGAAUAUCUCUCUAAUACUGCCGUGCUUGAUGUUAAUAGUAACAGUAUGGUCAGUGGAUUGGAGGUUUUGUUGAGAAUGUGGUGCGAUAAUGCAGAAACUUUUAGGGGUUUCUGGGCCAUUAGAAUUAGUACUCUUGCAUUAGUGGAUCUGUACACUAGUCAAGAUCCUCGCCUAGAUAGCGUAAUGGUCAAAGGCGACCAAAUUAUUGAUGAGUCGAAUCGGAACACCAUUAUGACGCGUUCCAAGACCCGCAAUGCGCCUAUUGAAUUUACGAGCAUACCCUUCCCGCUCAAAGCCAUCAAAUUGCUUCUUGGUGAAAUACAGAAUGUGGGCACGUCGGCUGCUAAGUCUAACACUGUCAAAGAUGUAGAUGAGGAUGAUGAUGAUGAUGACUGGGAAGAUGACGAUCCACUUGCUGGUGCUGAUGAUGAGAUCCAUUAUCUUUCAGAUCUGCUUUCACCAGGUGGUGAUCUUCUCGACGAUGGUGAUGCAGAUGCUGAAGAUAUGCGCGAUGAUCCAGACUGUCAGAUCGACAUUGGGAAUUACUUGUCCGACUUCUUAAGAACGGCGUACACAGCUAACACAUUCAACACACAUGAUAGAUGCGCACAUUUGAGUGCUCAAGAACAGGCUAUAUUUCAACAUGCCAUGGUAAAUUGA